GCUUCCCUCCUCCAUGCCCUUGAAAAGGAGGAGCGUUUCACCCGGUGGUGGCGGCUUGCAAGGUGGCAGGUUUGAGGUUGCAGCGGUGGGGCAGCGUCAGCCAAAAAUAACCAUGGGGCGCUGGGGUGGCUGGAAUCCGGGAGGGCAGCCACUGACCUGGCUGGCUGCUCUUCUUGUCAGCCCAGUUCUCUGGCCAGGACCAGCAAAUGAGAAGACAACUAGGCCUGUGCUCAGAGAAAAGCUGGCAUCCUCCGCCUGGUUUCCUUCACCUUACCUUUUUCUUCAUUGUGCAGAGGCAGAGCCUUCCAGAGCAUAGCUUAACAACCUGUUUGCUGAGGUCUCAGAGAAUCAGAGAUAAUUGAUGAGAAAUGGGCCCUAGAGCCCUAGCUGGGAAGAUAAUGAGGAGCAUCUGGUAUUCCUAAUAUUUCACUUGCCUAGAAUGUGUUAAAGGAGAAGUUAUAUCCUCUAUGAUUGCCUUGUGUGUGAUGUCUUACAUAGCUUUCAUACUUGUCAUCUCCUUUGCCAAGUUGGCUGGGAGGUCGUGUUAUCUCCAUUUUCCAGGUAUGGUAACCAAUGCCCAGUGUAUAAGGUCACGAGGCCAGUAAGGCAGCACUGGGAUUUUGUUCAAGGUUUUCUACCCGAUCUCUCUCCCCUCUGGUCCCUUGGAAGGGACUUAAAAAUGUCCUUAAUGCCCUUAGGGCAUUUAACACAGACCCAGAGGUGUUACCUGGAACCUUUUUAAUGUUGGUAAUGAAAAGCUGCCUUCAGUACCUCUUGUGGGCCCAGACCUGUGCUAGGCCUUUGACCUAAAGGCAUGUACUACGCAUGUUACUUAAAGGAGUGAUAUAAUUUAAUCUGCACAGAACCCUGUAAGAGAUUACUAUCCCCUUGUUGCAAGAGGAAGCUGAAGGUUAGACUUGUUUAAUAACUUGCCUAAAGGCACAAGCUAGAGGUGGCAGUGCCAGGAUUCAGAUUGACAUCUGAAGCUGUGCUCUUUUCCACUAACAUGAGCAUACAUAAGAAUCUUCUAGGUCCCAGGAGAGAGUCUUUGGCCUGUUGUAGACUAGACCAUGUCUUCCAGGUCUGGUGCUUUGCCCAGUGAGGAUGGGCAGGGCCUUUGUCCUGGCCAUUGGAGCAUCUUCCUUGUCACUUAUUGAGAUGUGAGACAGUGCCUUCAUUCCAUCGCUUGGGCACCUGACCCAGCCAUAAUUGCAGGGAAACAGUGAAAUAUUAGUCAGAACAGAACAGUUCUUGAGCUGUUACAAAGUAUUUAUCUCCAAGGGUUGCUGUGGCCUGGGCUUCCAGGUAGACGGCAGAAGACAGCUGCUCGCGGGGAGACUGAGGGCAGUGACUUUCUCAGGAUUGCAGAGAAGCUCUCAGGGGUUUUGUCAGAUAUGCCUCCCUGACCUGCUCGUUUACGGAGAGCCAUUCCAUUCUGUUCUCCUCCAGACAGACCUUUCUCAUAAGAUGGGACAGUCUCAGUGGAUUUGUCCAAAAUGUGCUUGAUCAGGCAAGCCCAGGACUGACCACCAUUGGUUGGCUAUGGCCAAGUGAAGGGUUGGGAGGAAGGCUGGCUACGGUCUCUGGCCCAGCCCUCCUGUGGAGGCAGUGUCAGGGUUUGGGGUGUGGGUGGAACAGGGAGCUGGCCUCACAUAGCCAUCUUUCUCAGCUGAUGGCUGAUCCAAUCUGGCAAUUUUCUGUGGUGGGUGUAAGUCCCGACUGAACCAGGAAUAGUGAGGUGGGGCCCUUUUGGCCUGCCUCCCCGAGCCCAGAGCCUGCCAGACAGCCAGCCUUCUGACUUCUUUUGAGAUGGGCACAGAAGAGGAUACUGGAGCAGGGACUCUAGAAGAGGGCACAGUAAUGGUACUGUUGGAGGUGAGGUACUGCCUGGCAUGGCACCAGUGACAGGUGGUCUGCGGGUGCUAAAUAGGCCUCGGGCAAGUGACUUGGUUGCUCUGAAGACCCUGGCAUCUUUACAGAUGCUAGGACUGAAUGUAGACCAACAAGGGCUGCAGAGACCCCCAUGUCUGCUUGGCCAGACCCUCAGAUGCAUCACUGUAAGCGAUACCGCUCCCCUGAGCCAGACCCGUACCUGAGCUACCGAUGGAAGAGGAGGAGGUCUUACAGUCGGGAGCAUGAAGGGAGACUGCGAUACCCCUCUCGAAGGGAGCCUCCGCCCCGGAGAUCUCGGUCUAGAAGCCAUGACCGCCUGCCCUACCAGAGGAGAUACCGGGAGCACCAUGACAGCGACACAUACCGGUGUGAAGAGCGGAGCCCAUCCUUUGGAGAGGACUACUAUGGAUCUUCACGUUGCCAUCAUCGACGGCGGUCACGGGAAAGGGAGCCGUACCGGACCCGCAAGCAUGCCCACCACUGCCACAAACGCCGCACCAGGUCUUGUAGCAGCGCCUCCUCGAGAAGCCAACAGAGCAGUAAGCGCAGCAGCCGGAGUGUGGAAGAUGACAAGGAGGGCCACCUGGUGUGCCGGAUCGGCGAUUGGCUCCAAGAGCGAUAUGAGAUCGUGGGGAACCUGGGUGAAGGCACCUUUGGCAAGGUGGUGGAGUGCUUGGACCAUGCCAGAGGGAAGUCUCAGGUUGCCCUGAAGAUCAUCCGCAACGUGGGCAAGUACCGGGAGGCCGCCCGGCUAGAAAUCAAUGUUCUCAAAAAAAUCAAGGAGAAGGACAAAGAGAACAAGUUCCUGUGCGUCUUGAUGUCUGACUGGUUCAACUUCCAUGGUCACAUGUGCAUCGCCUUUGAGCUCCUGGGCAAGAACACCUUUGAGUUCCUAAAGGAGAAUAACUUCCAGCCUUACCCUCUACCACAUGUCCGGCACAUGGCCUACCAGCUCUGCCACGCCCUUAGGUUUCUACAUGAGAACCAACUGACCCACACAGACUUGAAGCCAGAGAACAUCCUGUUUGUGAAUUCUGAGUUUGAAACUCUCUACAAUGAGCACAAGAGCUGUGAGGAGAAGUCGGUGAAGAACACCAGCAUCCGAGUGGCUGACUUCGGCAGUGCUACCUUUGACCACGAGCAUCACACGACCAUUGUGGCCACCCGUCACUAUCGCCCGCCGGAGGUGAUCCUGGAGCUGGGCUGGGCACAGCCCUGCGACGUCUGGAGCAUUGGCUGCAUUCUCUUUGAGUACUACCGGGGCUUCACACUCUUCCAGACCCACGAAAACCGAGAGCAUUUGGUGAUGAUGGAGAAGAUCCUAGGGCCCAUCCCAUCACACAUGAUCCACCGUACCAGGAAGCAGAAAUAUUUUUACAAAGGGGGCCUGGUUUGGGAUGAGAACAGCUCUGAUGGCCGGUAUGUGAAGGAGAACUGCAAACCUCUUAAGGGUGGCUGUGAAUGUAAUUGGGGAACACCAGAAGAGCCAGAUGUCAGAGACCGUGCUACUUCCUGCCCCCUCUUCUCUCAAUUUUGGGAAGAACUAGGCAGGACUGAGGUGAGGGGUAGGGAAGACCUAGACAUGGCCAGGAAGCCUCUGUCAACUGCAUUUGGUGCUUGGACAAGUGAAUUCCACAGAGGUGAUUUCUACCCACCUGUCAGAACUUUGCACUUGGGGGCAGAGGCACCAAGCCAGCAAGACACCCAGUAGCCUGACAAGUUCAGAGCAAACAUUAUUACAGGCACAAAAAGAAAAGAGCUGCUCAUUGUCCAGGAGGGGAGAAGUAGUCCUCCAGGGAGGCAUCCCUGCCUCCUCAGCCACGCAGCAAGGCUUCCCAGAGGCAAGGGGACCUGCUGUGGCUUCCCACGACCCUGCCAUCACACUGAGACACCUUGUGUCCCU